AGUUGAACCCGUGUUGCUCUGACUCUCUCGCCGUCUCGCGGAGCAACUGAACUCCGUUCCUUCCCCAUCUCGCUCUCGCCGCCGUCCCCCACUCGCUCUCGCCGCCGACCCAUCUCGCCUUUGCGGUCGUCCCCGUCCCGCCAUUAGCCCAGCCCAGCCCGUCCCCAUUCCCCCUCGCCGCCGUCGCGCUCCUUACGCUCGCCGUCUCGCCGUGCCGCCCCGCGUUACCUCCCUCCGGAUCCUUAUUCUCUUCCUUCCGGCCGCCAGCCCGCCACCACCACCCUUCUCCACACCCAGGCCCCGGCGCCAGCCUUUUCUAGAGCUGAGCGCGACCUCCUCCGCUGCUGUUGAUCCGGACGUCCUCGAUCGCUGUCUUGCCGGUCCACUGUCCAAUAACUAGCGUCGCUAAUGGAGGAAGAACACAUAGAGCCGCCGUCGUACAUCCACAUCGAGAGCAAUGAUUUCUCCUAUAGAAGGCACAAGCGGCAGAAAGAGGAGGAUAUAGCUGUGUGUGAGUGCCAGUAUGAUAUCUUGGACCCGGAGAGUCCGUGUGGGGAGCGGUGCUUGAAUGUCCAUACUAACACGGAGUGCACACCUGGCUAUUGCCGCUGUGGUGUGUACUGCAAAAACCAGCGGUUCCAAAAAUGUCAAUAUGCUAGGACAAGGCUGGUAAAGACUGAAGGGCGUGGAUGGGGUCUUUUGGCUGAUGAGAAUAUUAUGGCUGGUCAAUUUGUUAUCGAAUACUGUGGAGAAGUGAUAUCAUGGAAGGAAGCCAAACGGAGAUCUCAAGCUUAUGAAACCCAGGGUUUAAAGGACACCUAUAUCAUUUACCUCAACGCUGAUGAGUCUAUUGAUGCAACAAGGAAAGGGAGUCUUGCCAGAUUCAUCAACCAUUCAUGCCAGCCAAAUUGUGAGACAAUAAAAUGGAAUGUCCUUGGGGAAGUAAGAGUUGGAAUAUUUGCAAAGCAAGACAUUCCUUAUGGAACAGAAUUAUCCUAUGACUACAACUUUGAGUGGUUUGGUGGUGCGAUGGUGCGGUGCCUUUGUGGAGCUGCCAGCUGUUCUGGGUUUCUUGGGGCUAAAUCACGUGGUUUCCAGGAGGCCACAUACCUGUGGGAAGAUGAUGAUGACAGGUUUUCUGUUGAGAAUAUCCCUCUAUAUGAUUCUGCUGAUGACGAACGUACAAGCAUUAGUAAGGACAUCCUCUUAGCAAACAAUUGCCCAAUUACCCAAUAUGGCAACAACAACACGGUCCAUAGUACUGAGACUCCUGUGACUGCAAGCACGAAUGAAUUUGCACCAAUGGUUGUUGAACAAUUGAUUGCAAGCUCAAAUGAAUUAGCCCCGAUGACUGUUGAACCAUUGACUGCAAGCUCAAAUGAAUUCACACCAAUGACUAUUGAACCAUUGAAUGCCAUUCCAAUGGGAGCUGAUUUUGUCGAGAAUGGAUCAGUUGAAUAUAGUGCAGAAGACGCUCGGGAUGCUCCUCAAAAUUCAGUGCAGAAAGUUGCAAAUAACCAGAACCAAACUGAGUCUCAAAACAACAACCAUUCAGAGUUGGUCCCUGUGAGAUCCUCACCCAAACUUCCUGGUAGAAAAGCUAAACGUGGCCCUCGCAAGCAACUGAAUAUUACAGAUAUUUGUGACCGGUUAGCAUCAUCUGUGGCGCGUGAAGAAAUUUUGUAUUGUGAGGAAGUGAAGAACCAGGCUGCUUCUGAAAUCGAUGCCUUGUAUGACGAGAUAAGGCCGGCGAUUGAAGAGCACGAGAGGGAUAGCCAAGAUAGCGUUUCCACAAGUCUUGCAGAGCAGUGGAUCGAGGCCAGCUGCUGCAAGUACAAAGCUGAUUUUGAUCUGUAUGCUGCGAUAAUCAAGAACCUUGCCUCCACACCUCUAAGAUCGAAAGAUGUGACCCCGAGCGAACAGAAUGGAUUGAAGUACUUGGAAAACGGUCCAUGAUUCAGCUAAAAGUGUGACUAUGCGACCGCAUCCUGACAUAGUUGAGGUUUUAUUUGUUUGAUAUUUAUUUAGAUAGAGAAACGAUGUAAGGCUACAAAGUUAUAUUGUUCGAAUCAUACACCUUCUAUCUCAUUUAUCGGUAAUGCUGAAAGUCAUUGCCAAUCUUCUGUUGUAUUUCAGUUUGACUUCCAUCGAUUUUGGUUUGACCAAAUGUCUGCAUAUUC